AUGGGCUCUAUAAAACUCGACGAGCAAGAUGAUCGAACGCAGGCAAAUGGCCAUUCUACUGACAUAAUGUCUACCGGAGAGGCUGACCCUGAGGGAUUCUGGUCUUUCAAACUCACCGGUCUUGCAUCUGAUCCACCAAAUAGCCCGACGGGUCUAAGAGAGGAAAUCUUGCUCCUUGCAUGGCUCCUCGUUCUCCUACGAACUCAAGAUGAAGGCCAGGUCUGGUUUGAUUGGGCUUAUAAAGGUCAAGGAAAUGGUGAUCCUGACGAGCCUGUGAAAAGGCGCCUGAUUAUGGAUGAAUUGAAGAUAGGGUUACAAGACAAUGUUGGGCAAGUUGGUGCUAGAAUUGCUGGCCACAUCACGGCAUGUACCCAGGCCCAGCUACCUGACGGCUCCAACCCCGUUUCGCUUCUGGUGAGCACCAGUUCCCUGUCUCACACGCCUGAAGAAGCAAGUGGUCAAUGUACACUGCACCUCCAGACCCAAUUUGACGGUGGCCGUCUUAAAAUUCGUCCAGUAUGGCACACGGAGAACAUGUUGCCCUAUACUAUGACACGACACGUCAUAGCACUGGUCGAUACCGUCAAAAUAUGUAUUUCGAAUCCGGACGAUCCCAUCGAAAGUUGCCUUCGGCCGACCGCAGCUGAUCUGGAUGAAAUAUGGAAGUGGAAUCACUCAUUGCCACAAUCCUACGGCUUUUGCAUGCACGAUGUGAUCUCUCAGCAAGCCCGGAUUUUCAAAGACAAGUUAGCAAUCUUAUCCUGGGAUGGCAACUUGACGUAUGCCGAAGUUGAUCAAUAUUCUACAUCCAUUGCCUACUCGCUGAAAGAGAUGGGUGUCGAGUUGCAUGAUGUCCUGCCCGUCUGCUUUGAGAAGUCAAGAUGGACCACCAUCGCCGUGCUUGCGGUCAUGAAAGCAGGGGCGACUUUCGUGCUGAUGGACCCAUCCCUUCCGCUUGCUCGCCUACAAACCAUGGCGAAACAGGUCGGAGCAAAGACGAUGCUUACGUCUAGGAAACAAUAUGACUAUUCGGCCGCAAUCUUGCCCAAUGGGAACCUGAUGAUUGUGGAGGAGGACACAUUCAACCACGUCUCAUGCUCGCAAGUCAAGCCAGAAUUGACAGUCGUCCCCCCAUCUGCUCUGAUGUACAUAAUUUUCACUUCUGGAAGCACGGGUGUCCCAAAGGGAGUCUUGAUUUCUCACCAAACCUAUACAAGCAGUGCCAUUCCUCGGGCGGACGCAGUCGGCUAUACGGAGCACUCUAGGGUUCUUGAUUUUGCAUCGUAUGCUUUUGAUGUCAGCAUCGACAGCAUGUUCUGCACCCUUUCGAAGGGCGGAUGUCUCUGCAUUCCCUCUGACGAAGAUCGCAUGAACGACUUGAGUGGAGCAAUGCGGAGAAUGCAAGUCACCUAUGCUGGCCUGACACCUUCGGUGGCCCGCAUAUUGGACCCGGAUGUUGUGGCAUCGCUCAGUGCCCUGGGUCUCGGAGGCGAGGCAGCCACUGCAAGAGAAGUGACGCGCUGGGGCAAAGUCACUAGGAUCGUCAUAGGCUAUGGCCCGUCCGAAUGCACGAUCGGAUGUACAAUCAACAGCAGCGCUGCCACCGGCAGGGACUAUGUCUCCCUUGGGAGAGGCAAUGGGGCAGCAAUAUGGAUCGUUGACCCCGAUGAUCACGAAUUGCUUAUGCCAGUCGGCGCUGUGGGCGAAUUGCUUGUCGAGGGGCCUAUUGUGGGACAAGGUUACUUAAAUGAUCCUGACAAAACCGCGGCGGCUUUUAUCAGUGACCCAUUGUGGCUCACCGCAGGCCAUAAUGGCUAUGAAGGUCGGCGAGGCCGCUUAUACAAGACCGGAGAUCUUGGAAAAUAUGAUCCCGAUGGCUCUGGGGGCAUUGUCUUCAUUGGGCGAAAGGAUACGCAGGUAAAAUUGCGUGGACAACGUGUCGAGCUUGGAGAAAUCGAGUACCAGCUCAAAGCUAGACUCCCUCCAGGCACCAACGUGAUUGCAGAGGUGAUUGUGGCUUCAGCCUCUCAAGGUCAACCUUUGUUGAUGGCGUUCGUUGCAUUCCAGUCUAAGAAAGGACAGGAGUCUUCCGAUCUACAGUGGGCACAUCCACCUAAAAAUCUACAGGAAAUGCUAUUUACGGCUGACACGGAGUUGGCCAAAGUCCUGCCACGAUACAUGGUGCCCACCGCAUAUGUACCAGUCAACUACAUUCCUGUGAUGAUAUCAGGCAAGACCGAUCGCAAAAGACUUCGACAAUUCGGUGCCACAUUCGACCUGCGACAACUAGACCAAGGCACGACUAGUAUUGCUCCUCGACAGCUAAGCGACCUUGAGCAACUUGUGCGGCUGGCCUGGAGCCAGACAUUGCGACUUCAUCCAGAAACCAUUCGGCCUGAUGACAAUUUUUUUGCCCUAGGGGGCGAUUCGUUAAUGGCAAUGAAACUUGUCUCUCUGUGUAGAGCACAGGGUCUCGCUGUCACAGUGGCGAAUAUUUUUCUCUGCCCUACACUCUUAGCGAUGGCCGAAGUUGUCCAAACUUGCAGCACUCAAACACGGAUAGAAACGCCAGCAUUUUCGAUGAUCUCCCAAGAUAUUGAUAGUGCCUGUCUCGAAGCGUCACAAUGGUGUGGUGCAGAUCCAGCCACCAUCGAAGAUAUCUAUCCCUGCACACCAUCACAAGAAUCUCUUUUUACCUUCUCCAUCAAAUCAACACGAGCGUACAUUGCUCAGAGAGUCGCUUGUAUACCCUCACAAAUCAGCCUUGAUACCUGGAAAAAGGCCUGGGAGGAGGUUGUCGCUGCAAGUCCUAUGCUUCGCACUCGCUUAGUGCAACUCCAAGACCCUGGUUUGCAGCAAGUUGUGUUGAGAGAAAGCAUAUACUGGAGAUAUUCGACUGAUUUAGCGCAAUACCUUGAUGAUGAUCAGAGUGAGAAGAUGGAACUUGGUCAAAGCCUAGCUCGAUAUGCCAUCGUCGACAGCUCAAGGGAUGACAAACGAUACAUGGUCUGGACCAUUCAUCACGUCGUCUACGAUGGGUGGUCCGAGCCUCUGAUACUCCAGAAAAUCAGCAAUGCCCUGCGAGGUGAGCAAAGCGAGCCACAAGCUGAAAUGAAGGAUUUUGUCAGAUAUGUGCGAGACGUGAAUGAAGUCGGCGCUCAAGAGUUUUGGCGACAGGAAUUGGAGGGAGCCGUAGGACCUCAAUUCCCGCGUCUGCCCUCUAGAGACUAUUUGCCGACCCCCAACAGCAUGCCUGAACAUCAAUUUGCACUUGAGACAAACCUUGGAUCGACUUUCACAAUAGCUACAUUGAUCCGCGGUGCAUGGUCGCUCGUGAUGUCACAGUACACAGGAAGCGACGACAUCGUCUUCGGCGAGACGCUCACAGGUCGAGACAUUCCUUUAGCGAAAGUCGAAAGUAUUGAGGGCCCAUUGAUCGCGACUUUACCAUUGCGCAUACAUAUCAACCGAACGAGCUCUGUGGAGUCUUACCUACAAACUGUACAGGAAGCCGUACUUGUGCGCACACCGUACCAACAUGUUGGGAUGCAAAACAUAAGAAAGGUCAGCCGGGAUGCUCAACACGCAUGCGAAACCGGUGCGGGCCUGGUCAUCCAACCAGAACCAGAAUACGUGGGCGCCGAACUUGGAUUUGGGCAGACUGAUAUCAUCCAUGAAGCGCUACAUUUUAACCCGUAUCCACUUAUGUUGGCGUUUGGCACACAAAAGGGUAGCUUGAGGGUCUGCGCGAGCUUUGACACCAGCCUCAUUGACGUCGCACAGAUGAAACGAAUACUCACCCAGGUGGAGAUGGCCUGCUUGCAGUUGAUGGAGGAUCCUUCCAGGAGAAUAAACGAGAUUUCUUGUCUGCCCAAAAUGGAACUCGACCAGAUCUGGCGUUGGAACACAACUCCUCCGUUGUCCUUGGACAAGUUAUCCCGAAGGCUUCGAGCAAAUGCCGGUAUCAAUCAAGGAUCAACAUAUCCUCCUGCGGUGGUCCCUUGGGUAUGUAACCCACAGAAUCCGUCCCUCUUGUCGCCAAUCGGCAGUGUUGGCGAGCUUUGGCUCGAAGGGUCUUUCUUUGCAGGUGAUACCACCUCCUCUCCCAUCUGGCUUCUGGCUGGAAGCUCCACUUGUGCUGGUCGAUCUGGAACAGUGCAAUCGACCGGUGACUUGGUCCAACUACGAGACGACGGCAGCUUAGUCUUCAUCGGUCCAAAAGAGAAUCGCCCAACAAUCCAGGGCCAUGUAAUGGACAUGGCAGACCUCGAAGCUCAUGUCACAAGGCAACUUCCAUCAACAACCCGUGCUGCUGCUGCGGUCUUCCAAUCGCCACUGGACGGAGAAAAGCAGCCAGCCGAGCCUGAAUUGGUCGUUUUCAUCGAGCAACAACCCUCUCAGGAAGGGCAUAUUCCGCUCAUGCCAGCGAAACAUGACAUAACUUUCGACGCACCCGGGCAAAUCGGAACACGCCUGACUAUCCAUGCUACGAUUCAUCCCGUCCUUGCUAUUGCCCUGAAAAAGCUCGACAAAUUCAUCCAAGAUUCUCUUCCACCAUACAUGCUUCCCUCUGCGUACAUCGUGGUUGACAAAAUACCGACUGAGAUGGGACGGGUCGAUCAUAACCUGUUAAAUCAGCUAGCAUCUGUAAUUCCUCGGUCCAUCCUUGCCACCCUACAGGAAAGCUUGAAGGAGGCAUGGAAGAAAACCACCACGCAAACAAACUUGACCACGCAAGAGAACAUUGUGCGGUCCGCCUGGGAGAAGAUACUUAGAAUAAGUCCAGACAAGAUUGACCUGGACGACAACUUCUUCCGCCUUGGAGGGGAUUCUGUGCUGGCCAUGAAAUUAGCAUCGAGCCUUCGGGCUCAGGGACAUACUUUGACGGUGGCCGACAUCUUUCAGAACAUGAAGCUUCGCGACGCGGCUAGAGUGUUGAAAGUGGAGCAGGUGUCCAUGGAGAAGACGCAGGUUUACAAGCCAUUCUCGUUACUGGACGGAGUGGACGUUGGCCCGUUCUUGUCCGACGUUGUGCAACCGAAGCUGGCUGAUCCACAUUGGUCUAUUCAAGAUGUACUGCCAGUAACCGAGUCUCAAGCGAUCGACAUCAAGGCCACAAUUAAGAUCCCGCGAACGUCCAUACAAUACACCAUGUUGUACUUUGAAAAGGGCAUCAAUCUAGACAAGUUGAUCCGCACCUGCAACGAGCUGGUCACGAUUCACGACAUUCUGCGCACAGUCUUCAUCGAGCACGAGUUGUCGCUCUUUCAAGUUAUUCUGGAUAAGCUGGAGUCUCCCGUGACCAUGAAACAAUCUGAAAAAGACCUUGAACAGUACGUUGUCACGCUCUGCGAGGCGGACAUAGAAUCAGAUUUGCGCCUAGGAUCACCUUUCCUCAAGGUGUUCCAUGUCCAGGGUACGGAUGGCAAAGUGUGCCUCGUUAUAAGACUAUCCCAUGCUCAAUACGAUGGCAUCUCUUUGCCCAGGCUGCUUCGAGAUUUGGAAACCUUAUGUACGGGGGGAAGAGUUGUCGAUUUCAGGCCGUUCUCGGCUUACAUGGCACGACGUGGCAUUGAACAAAUCAAGAAACCGGCGCUGAAUUACUGGCGCAAUCUUCUGCACGGCUCCAAACUGUCGAUUUUGGACGGAGUGUCCGCUCAGCACGCCACAAAAUCGAUAUUCUUAACCAAACCGGUCGAUGCUUCCCGCCAUCCCACCGAGAUCACAAUAGCGAGCCUACUAACUGGGGCAUGGGCACUCGUUCUAGCUCGCCGUCUCCAGCAACGGGAUGUGACCUUUGGCAGCAUCACUUCAGGCCGCAACCUAUACAUGCCAGACGUGGAGAAAGUCAUGGGUCCGUGCUACCAGUUUACCCCGGUCCGAGUCCCAUUCGAAGCUGGAUGGACGGCGAUGGACCUCCUGCGCUUCGUCCAGAGGCAGGGCGCCGAGUCUGCAGCCUACGACUUCCUCGGUUUUGCGGAGAUAUCCAAAAGCUGUAAUACGCAAUGGUCGUCGCCAGAGUCCUCGUCGUCAUCACACUUCUUCGACUCUAUUGUCCACCACCAGGAUUUUGAAGACUAUGACACAAUGCCUUUUGCGGGGGGGACUUGCAAGGUGGAGAUUCAGAACCCGCACGGCGACGCGGCUCAUCCUCUGAAGGCCGUCUCGUUCGUCCAGAGCGGACAGACGCAUGUUGGUGUUGUCGGAAGUGAAAGUGAUCACGCCUUGAUUGAAGCGCUCCUCGCUGAAUUGGCUGCAGCUGUCGAAGAAAUUUCUGCCAAUCGACCAGAUGAGAUCCUUCAGCUUAGGGGCAAAUCAUCCGAACCGGCGAAUUGA